ACCAGUUCGUGGCCUCCAGAAUACGUGAAGUCGGCACGAGAGAGCUCCUUCGCUUUAGUUUUGUUAUCUCGUUGCAAAAUGGCCUCGUUGUGCGGGCGAACAUUUUUCCAACUACCACGUCGGUCAUUCUCGAGGGCAGCUGUACUCAGUACCAAAAAACGACUUCCUGACCCCCUGGAUCUCGCCACUGGGUUGGAGAAGCAGGAACUUCUGGCCCGUCAAGCUGGAAACGAUGACCCCUUCAUGAUGAAACCCCUGAAACGUGGGGUAGGCACCAAGGCCCAACCAAAUUUAGUUCCAAGUGCAUUCAACAGCCGACUGAUUGGAUGUGUCUGCGAGGACGAGGCAACUCAUGUUAUUUGGAUGUGGCUACACAACGGAAAGCCGAGACGCUGCGAGUGCGGUCACUGGUUUAAAAUCGAGAAAAAACAACCAAUUAUGGUUCCAGAAGAGUACGUGGAGUAAUUAUCGACUUUUGAGUUAAAUCACCACAACCAAGUUAAUUGAUAAGCUGAGAUAAAAUUAAAACAGCAAUUAAACUCAACAUGAAAAAAUUAUCGAUGAAAAUUCGCAUGAGUUAGUCGAUUGUUUGCAGUUAUCUAGAAAUAAUCUUACAUUAUAUAUUAAUGUUGGAGACUUGA